CUAGAGCUUUGGUUCUGGUACAUGUUUCUAUCACUGUGAACCAAUUUGUUCUUGAAACUCGUCACCAGGAGCAGAACGUAUUUCCAGAAUUAUUUUUAUUGUGCCUUUCUGACUGUAUGAAGUUGGUUAUCUGAGUCCCCAGCUGCUGUUCCCGCCACCUACAUAACAGAAGCCCACUGCCUCUGCUCAGCCAUCAGAGACUCCAACCUUCUGCAACUAGCCAUCCAUGGUAUGGUCCACACCUGCAAGGCCCAGAAAGGUUCAUCUGGCAAGCAAGCUUUUGCCGCUUCCUCUGCCUCUGGGAUUGUCACUGAAGAUACCACCACGAUGUCUGCCUUCAACCUCCUGCACUUGGUGACAAAGAGCCAGCCCGUGGCCCAGAGAGCCUGUGGGCUCCCCUCAGGGUCAUGUAGGGAUAAAAAGAACUAUAAGGUGGUCUUUUCCCAGCAGGAACUGAGGAAGCGGCUGACACCCCUACAGUACCAUGUCACUCAGGAGAAAGGAACAGAAAGUGCCUUCGAAGGAGAAUACACACAUCACAAAGACCCUGGAAUUUAUAAAUGUGUUGUCUGUGGAACUCCACUGUUCAAAUCAGAAACCAAAUUUGACUCUGGUUCAGGCUGGCCUUCCUUCCAUGAUGUGAUCAGUUCUGAGGCCAUCGAGUUCACAGAUGAUUUCUCCUACGGGAUGCACAGGGUGGAAACAAGCUGUUCUCAGUGUGGCGCUCAUCUCGGGCACAUUUUUGACGAUGGACCCCGUCCGACUGGCAAAAGAUACUGCAUCAACUCAGCGUCCCUGUCCUUCACUCCUGCGGACAGCAGUGUGGCAGAAGGAGGCCGCAGCCCAGCAGCAGCAGCAGCAGCAGCAGGAGCAGCAGACAGAGCCGAGCUGUAGGAUCGAAGUGGCGGUGGAAACAAAGUGUUCUUAAUGCACAGCUGAUUGAAAAACCAAAAAAAAAAAAAAAAAAAAGGGUUUAUCUUAACAGAGCUAUUUUUACAGAAGCUAUAAGGGCAGUUUAUGCUAUUGAAAAUGUUUUCUCUUUUUUUAAUCUAGACGGCAGUUCUGCCCAUCCACGUAUCUUGCUGUUGACUGGGUCCAGAACUGUGUGUAGGUCUUGCAAAAGGAGCUUCUUCGUAAGCUUCUAAUUAGCCUUAGCAUCGUUUUCUUCCAACACAUACCUUCCUUUAAGUCUUGUCCUUGUGGGUACCUCUCCUCCUCUUGAUUAAGAGAUGGAGGCCGUUUAGUGAAAUCAGAGAGCUGGUGAUCAGGGGCAGAGAGAAGAGUUGGGAAGGGCAGAGCAUCUAGACAUGUGGGCUUUACUAUAAAGGGGGAGCGCUGCCUUAGACUGCUAGGCUGCAUGGAAAGUCUGAGCUAAGGUUGUUUUUUCUCACUAGAAGGGUGUGAAGGUCUGAAGUCGUUCCUUAUGUUACAUUGUUGCCAGAUGUGAGAGGGCUGGCCGAAGGUUGCUGCAGAGACGCAAAACAUUCCCGCUGGGCAGGUCUUUAUUUUAUAUUAUUUUCCUUUGAAAACAGCAGAAUGGAAGACAAGUGGAAGAUGCCGGGCCCCGUUUUUGGCCCCAAAGUUCACAAAGAAAAAGGCUCUGCGUAAGCCUUUCUCUGCAUGCCUCCUCAUUCUGACCUCAAUCUGCAUGAACAUUUUAGAAGAUUUCCCCAGCGCAAAAUAAAAUAUUAGGGACAACACACUUCAUCAGUAGGAAAGAGAGAGAUCUGAGAAGACCAAGUAUGAGGUCUUGAGCACUAAAUAAUCCCACACUGUGCAUAAAGGCUAACAGGAUCUCACAGGUCACUACCUAAACCAGACUUUCUUCUAGCAUCAAGAGGUUGGUGCAAGGAUGUUGGGGAUUAAGACAGAAUAAUCAGGCCCAAGGUCCACACUUCACUGUGUGUACAAAGGACAAGCCAUUAAGCCCCGUUGUGCCUAUAUUUUCGUGUACACAAUAGGACUCAUAUCUUUAUAAAAUAUGUCCACACUCUCAGGGCUACAUUACUAUAUUGCUGUACAAUUAAUAAGAUCAGUAUUGUAAAAUCACACCGAUCCGGAUGUAAUUGCACAGAGCAGGCAAGUUUGCAAUGGGAAGACUUUGCAGAGGUGGACUUUGUUGAUGGUAUGGAACUGGUCAGCCAGAAGCCAGACUUUUAUCUUGUAGCAAUAUGGCAGGUUUUGCUUGCAGAAGCUCUGUGUGGUGGCUCGAGGUUUUCACAGGGCUGAACAAAGGGACAGUUAAAGGUGCUGUCCCACCAGGAAGCAUUGUGAUUUUGAACGCUAAUCCCGAAAUGUGGCUUUAAAAGACACUUGGGUUUCUAAAUCUUCGAUGAAGACUGGCAUCGCUCCUCGUAAGCAACGAUGAUGAGAACAGGCAGACAUGUGGCAGAUGCAGACUCAGCAGGAAGCAAUAAAAACUGGGGAGAGCAAGCUGAGGCCGCCAUAUUCCGGCACCUUCUGGCCUUCUCAGGUACCUCCUGAAGGUCCCGACAUCCUGCCAAGUCUUCAGCAUCACCCCAAUCUAGAGACGGCCAUGCUUUUAACUUUGCACACACAGGAAAGUCACCUAAGCAUUGGGGUUCCCCGACCCCCAGGGGUUUACCCCAAGCUCAGGACUACUCUGCACACCAAGGCUUCAUUCUCCUCUAGAAACACGGGGAGAGUUUAGGGAGAGGCUUCCAGACUGCCGUGAAGUCUUUGCAUCACCGGAAAGGAUCCCAUGUAGGGGGGUUAAGGACAGAUGUGGGUCUCACACGACAUUGUCACAGCUUGACAUCUGUCCUUCAGAGAUACACACAGCCCUUUCUUCUGCCCACUCCCAUCUGUGUAGUGGCCUUUCCAGGGUCCCUUGGCUAUAAGCCAGACGAUUGGAGUAGACAAAGACAAUAAAUAAGGAGAUUCUCCCUCUGCAGAGAGUCUAGGUUGAUAUUCUUCCUUCAUUUUUAUAAUAUAGCACUAAACACACGUUCACUCACACACACACACACCAUAACAAUAACAAUAACGAAAAUCUUGUUUCUUUUUAACUUUUACUGUUUUGUUUUUUUAACAAAAGCCAGCUUCUACCAGCACCAACUUUACACAUAUAUAUCCAGUGAAAUAAAAAAGGAAAAAGAAAGAAAAAUGAGUGUACACAGUUUAAUUCCAGAUUGCUUUUUUUGGGGCUUAUGUGGUAUCAAAUUUCAGUAUAUUUCUGUCUUAUGUUAAAGAACUAAAUGUCAGUGAGCAGUAAUGCCAGCUGUCAAGGACUAGAUUUACCCUCCCAGGAUAUGGAGCGCAGUAAGCUGAGGAGAUGAGGGGAUCUGUGGGAGGUGCAUGGUCUUCCUUGUCUGCACCCCAGUUCUGACUGCAUCGUUGGGCCCUGCAGAGAUGGGCUGGUGGGCAGGAAAUAUGUCCCUAAGAGUGCCCAGAACGGAUAGGAAGGAAGCAGCAACAACGAGCGUAUUUCUGAGUAUUUAAACUUUUCACUUCUUUUAUAUAUUUGAAAUCUUAAUGCAAAUGACGUAGCAAUUGGAACAAAGUCUCUCCCUGUUGUUUAAAAUGUCUUGCUUUCGAUACGGAAGGAAAAAAAAAAAACAAACGAUGAAAAUUAGUAACAUGUUUUGAAGAUUGUGUAUGAUUCUUGACCUAGAAAGCUUUUUAAUAACUUUUCUUCUGGUAGUUUAAAACUUUUGAAAAGUGACAAGAAACCUUCAUUGAAGAAGCCUUUUUUCGAUAUUUGUUGUA